AGCUGGCUCAUUUGCAUAACGCGCGUGAUGACGUCUACCAUAACAAAUGACUGAUGCCUUCAUGAACGGUCGGACAAAAGAAAGACAUUAAAACAUAUGCAAAAAUAAUAAUAAGGAAAAAAUAAAUAACGAAGGUGAAAACACCUCAUUUAAAGAUUAUCAGCAGCAUUAACUAUCGAAGUAAAUAUGUCUAAUAAAUAAGAUUGAGUUCAGUAUCAGACAAAGAAUUUACAAGUGACCAGAAAGUUAUCUGCUAGCAAUGGUUAUUUUUCAAAGCAGACGUCACACUAACUAAUAAUUAGUUAUAAAAAUAAAAGCCAUCUUUAAAAAAAAGCUCUGAUAUAAAAUUGCAUGCAUGAACAUUAUUAUUACCAUUAUUGCAUAUUACGUUAAACGUAUUAAAAGUAAACCGAGUGUUAAGGUUUUCUGCUUGUUAAAGGUUUUUAUGCUUAUUUAAAAUUAGACUUUCACUAUGAACUUGGUAAAUCAAACACUAAAUCACAACCACGAAAACAGUUGCACACUGAAUUUUUAAGCAAACAUUCUCAGUAAAGUUAUUUUUUAUUGCUGUAAAAAGUAUUAGAUUUUUUUAGUUUAAAGCGUUUUCUUCCUCUGUUGACGGAUUUGGAGAAUUCCAGCAUAAAAAGGCAGAAACUGAAUCAAAUGUAUUUAAAUCAAGAACUUCUCUAUCAGCAUUCUGAAAACAUAUCAAAAUAUAAACGCUAUAAUUACAAUAUAUACUUACACAUUGAGUUUAUUUUUUUGAGGUUUAGUAUUAACUGGAAUGACCCAAAACGGGAGUGUUUCCUCCCAUGACAAAGGAGGGUCCUCGAACGCAACCCACGUCACAUGUUGGUGAGAAAGUGAGAGCUUGUUCGGUUCUUUUAAACUCAGCUGAUUUAUCAGCAGAAUCCCAGUCCAACCAGAACCAAGAACCUCAGCGGCAUCCCAGGAAGAGGGAGUUGGUCCAUCGACCUUCCUGGAUCAGAACCGCAGAGAUCCGGUCCGGUAAAAGAAGAGCCAUGGAUUCCCUUCUGCGCAGUAAACCGGAGGACCGGGAGGAUUUUUACGGAGUGCUGGGGUGCGACGAGCUGUCGUCCACUGAACAGAUCCUGAAUGAAUACAGGAUCCGAGCUUUGGCGCGUCACCCGGACAAACACCUGGACGACCCGCAUGCAGUGGCAGAUUUCCAGAAGCUUCAGGAAGCAAAAGAGGUUUUAUGUGAUGAGGACAAAAGGAAGAGCUACGACCUCUGGAGAAGAAGCGGCGUGACCAUUCCUUUUCGUGACUGGCAAGCUCUAAGCGAUUCUGUUAGAACGUCCAUGCACUGGGCCGUGAGGACCAAGAAGGAGCCGAUGCUGGAGGCCGCAGAAGAACCGAAGACUUCAGGAGCAGAGGAGAGGGAGACACAUGAGGCUGGCUCUUCUUCCAGCGAUCACUGCCACCAGCGUUUCCGUUGGGCUGCUGACUCUCCGUCUCGCCUUCUGCAAAAGUUCAGAAAUUAUGAAAUCUAAGCGAUCAAUGAGCUGCACAGGGGUGUAGCGGUCAGCACUCACAGUGAGAGGGUUCUGGUUCAAUUCCCAGCUGGUUCCUUUUCUCCUCCAAAGGUUCCUCAGGACUCUGAAUGAUCCCUCAGGUGUGUGUCUUUCUGUGACCCUGUGAUGGACGGGAGAACCCCACCCGCAGGCGGAACCCCACCUCUGCCCCCACGGCCGGGAUAGGCUCCAGCAUCCCUGUGACCCUGAAGGAGGAAAAAGCCUAAUUAGAAAAUGGAUGGAUGUGACAAACCAACAGGAACUUUAGUCAGAAAUCCCUGCAGGUGAUCAACGGGAAAGAACUGAUGUGAAUGUAUUGGCCAACAUUUGACUGUUUUAUUUGAAACAUCAGAUUAUCAAUUGAAAAGAAUAAUCCCAGAGAUUACAGUUAUAAAAAUCAAGAUUGAGGCAUUCCUGUAAUGUGUGUGUGUGUGUUGUUGGUCUGAAAUGCUUUGUUGUUGUCGUCAUGUGAAGAAGUUUCGUGUCUUGAUAAAUCUGUGAAAUCAGGUCAUUUAGAGUAAAAAUGUAAAGAUUUGUGUUUUGGUUAAAAUGAGAUGUAAUUUGAAAAGAAUCUUCUAAAUAUCUGUAAAGAUUCGUAACACAAUAAAGUCUUCUGACGCCAA